AUGACGAAGAAACGUUUAAAAAAACAAAAUGAAGCAUAUAAUGUUCAAAACACUUGGUCUUAUAUCGCGCUGAGAUUUAGCGGCAAAACAACUCAAAAUUAUCCGGAGUUAACCAAAAUGAGUGCAAAUGAUUUUGAUGAACUAAUUACGGAAGCAUCAAGGAACAUUGACGAGCUGAUAAUGCUGUCCAAAUCUAAAAAAUAUGAUACAGAAGAAUUUGACGAGUUGUUACGGUUAUUUGUUCCUAGUCGAAAUCUUGGUGAUAGGUCAAUUCAUCUUACAAAAUUUCGUACAAAAGUUGCCGUAGAUAUAUUGUCAAAAACCUCGGUUUCCGUAAAUCUUGUAUCAAUUUAUCGAGAAUUGGGAAGAAUGGCUAUUCCUUUGAGUUAUUUAACAUUAAAUCCACUCCCCGUUGAUAAAUGGGUCAUCAAACUUAUCGACUUUCAACAAUUUUUGUCAAAUUAUAUGACCGUCAGCAUAAGCUUUACACGGAAACUGAUCAAAUCUGAUAUAUAUUUGACAGAAGUACGGCGUAUAUUAAAUGCUACCAAUACCAUGAAAAUGUCCGAGCUUGUACGAUCAUUAAUGGAUUUUAUUAUCUCCGGAUUGAAUACUGCAUUAAUGUAUGAAAAUGAUUUCAUUACACAAAGGCUUAGAGAUUAUGGUCUACGUAAUAUUUUAACGCGUUGUACUUGUCGUGAUCCAAAAAUUAAGUUGGCCAUAACCAUUUUUUUAACGUUUACCUACACUGAUAUCAGUCAACUUCAUUUAAAGGAAGAAUCCGUUGAGUUAUUCUUAAAGUGCUUUGAUUAUUUUAUAGAUGAAGGAAUUGAAAGUGAUGAUUUGUUUAGUGCCUUUCAGUUUAAUAAAGUGCUACGUAUUUUGGCUUUGGACGGUGAGAAUAGGAAUGAGUUUGUCCAGCGUGAUGUUUUGGGACGCCUGAAGUUGGUGCCGAAAUCUUUAUCUCAUGAUACAGAUGAAAUAUCAUUGACUAUACGCAUUUUAUCCUCGAAACUUUCAAAUGACGAUGCUAUCAUGGAGAUAAAGUUACUUGCAAUGGAAUUUUGCAACAAUGUGACUGGAAAAGAGGAUGAAGUUAGAACGUUCACUGAAAGCUAUAGUGAUGAUGAAUAUUUACCUCAAUAUCCACCGUCUGAAAAUGAAACUGAUGACGUAGAAUGUAGUGAAGUAACGAAAGAAAAACCUCAAUUGAAUGGUCAUAUUAUGAUUAGCUACAGUCAUGAUGAUCAGGAGAUAGCGAUUAAGAUUAAAGAAAGGCUGGUGGAGGAAGAUAUCAAGAUUUGGAUUGACAAAGAGCAUAUGGUUCAAGAUGUUAAGAUAUUAGAUGCUAUGGCAAACGCUGUACAGAAUGCUGCAAUUGUAUUAAUACUUUUUUCUAAAUCAUACCAAGAUAGUGAAAAUACUAAAGCAGAAGCGGAAUAUACUCGAAAACUAAAAAAACCGCCUAUCUUUUUGCGUGUUGAGCGAGGAUUUGUUCCAGACUCUUGGUUGGGUUUCAUGAUUGGUGAAAGUCGUUAUAUUGAUUUCUCAGGGAAAUAUCCUUUUGAAGAAAAAUUUGAAGAACUAUGCACUACGAUUAAUAAUAUUAGUCGAGGAUCGAUCACUGUGAAACGUGAGAAACCAGUGGAAAAUAAACAAAAUACGUGCGUUUCAAUGUAG